AUGAGCAAAGGAACAUGCAGCUCACUUAACGCUCGAGGUCACACGGAGGUACGUGUGGAACUGCAAAUGGAACGCUGGGCUUCCCGCGGGGGCUCCGUUCGACUCCGCUGCGUGCACGAUGUACCUCCACACCUGCUCGACAAAGUCGUCUUCCUUCGCCACGGCACCAAAAUUUUUCAAUAUAUUAGGGAUAGGAAACCGCCUUACCGAAACUUCACUACCCCAGGAGCGGUACUUAACGUUGCACUAGCAACGGAGAAUUCAAUUAUUCUGCAGAACUUGGACUUCGCGGCGAGUGGCAGCUAUUCGUGUGAGGUGUCUCUGGAUACGCCUAUUUAUACAAAAGAAUCCAGCGCAAAACAACUUACCGUUUUCCAUCCUCAAAAACAUCAUCCUCGCAUCGACUUCCCAACAAGGUAUCUCAGUUUCGGCGAAACCUUACGUGCCAAUUGCACCACCGCACCGGCUCUCCCUGCACCCCACAUCACAUGGUUUAUUAAUGGCAGAAAGAUGGAUGAACUAGUCGUACAUUCUCAUAAGUAUCGCGUUCCAUUCAAUGAGAGAAGCAGCAGAAGAGGACUUCAAAAGCCUUUUGAGUACGAAAAAGGAAGCAUUCCACCACCAGUCCUCGCUUUAACACAUAUUUCACACAUCGCUACGAAAGCACCUGGGUGCAGCUUAAAAGAAAACCAGAUCGAAUAUCUAAAAGAACAAGAAGAGCUCAACAUUAUACGAACUAGCAGUCGUCACAGAGGUCGGAAACCAAGUCGUGGUGGAGAUCUGUACAUCUCUGUAUCUGAAAUACAGCUGUUGGCUACGGGUAGACUAGAGGUGACAUGCGUCAGCACAAUACCAGAGUUUAGAAACAUAGAAGAUAAAUUUGCUGAUGUUAGAAAUGACACAGUCAUUGUGGAUGUAAUCAAACCAUCGACGUAUUCUCAGGAAUCUUCAAGUAUUACGACAGCCGGAUCCAGCACUUCUGAAGCCAACAGAUUAUUUCUUUCUACUUUAAUAAUGUCUCUAACAAGUCUAUCUCUAACAAAAAUUGUUUGA